CUGUCCGCAGUCUCUGAUCAUCCCUGUGCUGUCCGCAGUCUCUGGUCAUCUCCUGUACUAUCCGCAGUCUCUGGUCAUCCCUGUGCUGUCCGCAGUCUCUGGUCAUCCCUGUGCUGUCCGCAGUCUCUGGUCAUCCCUGUGCUGUCCGCAGUCUCUGUCUCUGGUCAUCUCCUGUACUGUCUGCAGUCUCUGGUCAUCACCUGUACUGUCUGCAGUCUCUGGUCAUCUCCUGUACUGUCUGCAGUCUCUGGUCAUCUCCUGUACUAUGUCUGCAGUCUCUGGUCAUCUCCUGUACUAUCCGCAGUCUCUGGUCAUCCCUGUGCUGUCCGCAGUCUCUGGUCAUCCCUGUGCUGUCCGCAGUCUCUGGUCAUCCCUGUGCUGUCCGCAGUCUCUGGUCAUCUCCUGUACUGUCUGCAGUCUCUGGUCAUCCCUGUGCUGUCUGCAGUCUCUGGUCAUCCCUGUGCUGUCCGCAGUCUCUGGUCAUCUCCUGUACUGUCCGCAGUCUCUGGUCAUCCCUGUGCUGUCCGCAGUCUCUGGUCAUCUCCUGUACUGUGUCCGCAGUCUCUGGUCAUCUCC